UGCACAAUAUGUAUUCAUGCUGAGGACACCUGACGCACGCUAUGAUUAUACAUUGCAAAUUACGUGCUUGUUUCUUUUAAGUUUACAUUGUACCAAAACUUUUUAAAUUUAAAUAUAUUAUUAAAUUAGGUAUAUUAAAUACGUGUGCGUAUUGGAAAGUUUUUUUAGUUUCGCCCGUUACGGAUGAGUGUACGUAUUGUUUGCAUCGUCGGACUGUAUACGAUUAAAUCAAUUGCAGUCUUUAAUAUAUAACUUGAUGGUGCAUUACUUUAAUAUAUUAUCAUAAUAUGCUGAAGACUGUCGUACAGCAGGAUCAGUCAAACUGAUAUACUAUGCAGUGGAAAUCUAAGGGUUGGAAGAAAACGACGAAAUGUUAAGUUUAAACAAAAAGGGAACUAAUAUACACAAUAUAUUGUAAUAUAUUUAUAUACAACACGUCUCGUUGUCUGGCAAGCUGACUGUAGCACGUGUGGACACGACGCCAUAGAACACGCGUGGACUGUCGAUAGCGCGUUGUGUGAUCGCUUAUGAUAAUUUACCACACACAUUAAACACGGUUGAAAUGGCUACGCUACUGAAAAAAUUAAUGUCAAUCGUGGCAAUAAUGAUGAUAACUGGAUCGAAAGUGAUAGCUGCGGACGAUUGUUGGCCCAAAAAAUUCGCUUACGGUAUGGUGUGCGUGUGCAACUCGACAUACUGCGAUCGAAUACCGGAACCGGAAAUAUUAUCUGUCGGCAAAUAUGCGUUGUACACGUCUUCAAAUAUUGGAAUUCGAAUGCGCAGAAGCGUUGGGUCUUUUGUCCCAUCGCUCGACUCGCAAUGGUCCGGCGAUGAGAUAGACGUGGAUGUGACGACCACGUACCAAACAAUACACGGUUUCGGCGGUGCUUUCACAGACUCUGUGGGCAUUAAUGUCAUGGCGCUAAGCCCGAACUCCCGACUUAAUCUUCUUAAGUCUUAUUUUUCUGAUGACGGUAUCAAGUACAACAUUGGACGAGUUCCGAUAGGCGGCACCGAUUUCUCGACGCGCAAGUAUACGUAUGCCGACAAUAAAGGCAUACCAGACUUGAACAAUUUCGAACUAGCUCCUGAAGACGUAGAAUACAAAAUACCACUGAUAAAGAUUUCAAUGAAUAUGGCAUCGGACGAAAUCAAGUUGAUUGGAUCAGCGUGGUCAGCCCCGCCGUGGAUGAAAACCAACAACGACUAUUCCGGCAUAGGUUAUCUCAAACCAACAUUUAUGGAAGCAUGGGCAGAAUACCAUCUAAAAUUUUUAGACGAGUAUCGCAAACAAAAUUUGACUUUUUGGGCGUUAACCACGGGUAACGAACCGCUCAAUGGCAUUGUCCCUGUGAACCGAUUCAAUUCUAUGGGCUGGACUCCGAUGUCUCACCGCGAAUGGAUCGGACGUCACAUGGGGCCUAGAUUAAGGAGUUCCGAACACAACAGCACGUUAUUGUUCGCCAUCGACGAUCAAAGGAUUGUAUUGCCUUGGUGGAUGAAAAUGCUUAUGAGCGACGAACAAUGUGCAAAAUAUAUCGACGGAAUAGCAGUGCAUUGGUACUUAGACUUUAUUGUUCCUGUCAAAGUUUUGAAUGAAGUGCACAAAAACUUUGGUGAUAAAAUCAUAAUGAACACUGAAGCGUCCCAAGGUGACAAGCCAUGGGAUUUCGUCAAAGUACAGUUGGGAAGUUGGGCCAGAGCUGAAAAUUAUGCGAACAACAUCAUCGACGAUUUAAAUCAUUGGGUGCAAGGAUGGGUGGAGUGGAAUUUAGCUUUAGACAUGAAGGGAGGUCCGACUUGGGUGUCUAACUUUAUCGACUCGCCCAUUAUUGUUGAUAAGACUAAAGAUGAAUUCUACAAGCAGCCAAUGUUUUAUGCGAUUGGACAUUUUUCAAAAUUUAUUUCCAGAGGUUCCAUUCGUAUAAAAUUAACACAGACAUCGGUUGUGAAGUCAGUUGGUUUUAAAAGGCCUGAUGGAGCCGUGGUUAUUGUUUUAUACAACAGGAGGAAUAAACCAGUCAAUAUUUCUAUUAGAGAUCCACAGCGAGGUGUUAUAGGUCUUAACUUACAAAAACAAUCUAUAAAUACACUAAUUUUUUGGUGAUAAUUAAAAUUGACAAUAUUUAUUACUGUUA